GUCCUUCAAAAAUAGCCACCAUCUAAGUACAGCUUCUGGUGGACGUUAUUUGGAAUGUAAUGUUUAAUUUUCUGUCUUCUUUAAAGAUGAAAUCUGCAAUGAGUAAGCGUAAGCUGAAGGAGAGCUGUGGAGCGAGUGCUGAGUGCAUUUCACAGGUGCAACAAAUUCUACGUGAAAGGUUCUGUCCCCACUCCAGUGCUACUGGGAAGCUGUUUGGGGUUGAGCACCAGUACAGGCAUUUGCUGGAGCUGCUGAAAAGAACCACUUUGCAUGGAGAAAGUAAUUCUGCCCUCAUCAUUGGGCCCAGAGGAUCAGGGAAGACCACGUUAUUAAAUCACGUCUUAAAAGACCUCAGGGAAACGAAACAAGUUCGAGAGAACCUGUUGGAAGUUCACCUGAAUGGGCUCCUGCAGACGAGCGAUAAAGUGGCCCUGAAGGAGAUCACCAGGCAGCUGCAGCUGGAAAAUGUGGUUGGGGAUAAAGUCUUUGGCAGUUUUGCUGAAAACCUUGCAUUCCUUCUGGAAGCUUUAAGGAGAGGAGACCGGAGCAGCAGCUGCCCGGUGCUGUUUGUCCUGGAUGAGUUCGACCUGUUCGUCCACCACAAGAACCAGACCCUGCUCUACAACCUGUUCGACAUCUCCCAGUCGGCGCAGGCUCCCGUCACCGUCAUCGGGCUCACCUGCAGGCAGGAUAUCCUGGAGCUCUUGGAGAAGAGAGUAAAAUCAAGGUUCUCUCACAGACAGAUAUAUUUGAUGAAUUCCUUUGAUUUUAAACAAUACCUUAAGAUAUUUAAAGAGCAGCUUUCCCUUCCUGCCGAAUUUCCUGAUCAGCCUUUUGCACAAAAAUGGAAUGACAAUAUUCAGCGUCUCUCAGAGGAUAAAACUGCACAGGAUGUGCUGCAGAACCUUUUCCACCACACCAAGGACCUGCGCUCGCUCUACUUCCUCUUGAUGCUGGCUGUCAGCGCAGUGAGUGUGCAGCACCCCCUGCUCACGGCAGCAGACCUGCAGGAGGCCAGCAGGCAGCACAGCACCGACUCCAAGGCCAACAUCGUGCACGGUUUGUCUGUGCUGGAAAUCUGCCUCAUCAUUGCCAUGAAGCACCUGAACGACGUGUAUGAUGGAGAACCCUUCAACUUCCAGAUGGUUUACAAUGAAUUCCAGAAGUUCAUCCAGAGGAAAGCACAUUCCAUGUACAACUUCGAAAAGCCAGUUGUCAUGAAGGCCUUCGAGCACCUGCUGCAGCUGGAGCUGGUGAAGCCCCUGGAGAGGCCGUCGGUGCGGGCGCAGCGGGAGUAUCUGCUGAUGAAGCUGCUGCUGGACAACACCCAGAUCAUGGAUGCGCUGCAGGUGUAUCCCAACUGCCCCACGGACGUGAAGCAGUGGGCAGCCUCCUCCCUCAGCUGGCUCUGAGCUCCACGGCUGCUCCGGCAGGGAAGUGCCAGCGCCAGGAGAUGGAGCGUUACCCACGGGAGACUGUUCGGAUUAACGAAUCCCUGGAAGGAGCCCGCAGUGCUGAUCCAUCUGGGAUGUGCUGGAAGGGGAGCUACGCUCACGUUGUGUCUCCCAGCGGCCGCCCCUGUGACUGACUCCAAGGCUUAGGUGGUUUAGCUCAGCUCGGUGCCAA